AUGAAAAUGAAUGAUAAAGAAAAAAACAAUUCUGAUGAACAGCCAAUAAGUGAAUUUGAUUUACAAAAAGUAUUAAAUAAAUUUGAUAUGAAUGAUUAUAAUGAAGAUUUUGUAAUUACAAAUAACAUUUUAAAAUAUCAUAUGAAAAGUAUUGAAGUGUAUAAUUAUGAGAAAAAUAAAAUAUAUGAUAAAAAUGAAUUAGAUUUAUAUAAAGAAAAAUUAAUAAAUAAGGAUAACGUUCAUUAUUAUCCUUAUGAAUUAUAUUUUAACACGUAUAAAAAUAUCUAUAAAGAAGAUAAAAUGCUACUGAAUUUACCAAAUAACAUUAAAAAAACGAAAGAAAAAGAAAACGAUGAAAAAGAAGAAGAACAAGAAGAUAAAGAAAAAGAGGAUAAGGAAAAAGAAGAUAAUACAUCAAAUAUUUUUGAAGAAGAGCAAGGUUUAGAAGAUGAUUAUAAUUUUGAUUAUAACAAAAGUGAAGAUGAAUUAGAUAAUGAGGAUAAUGAUGAAAACGUUAUAUAA